AUGGAACAGAACACGCUGAAGAGAAGAGGGGUUGGGUUGACUGGUGUUGAUAAGACACGGUCGUUCGGUGGCUAUACCUUGUUCUGUCCCUUGACUAGCGAUGUGGCCUACCUUGUUGAUAUCGACGGUAAGGAAUUACAUUCUUGGAAACUACCGGGCCGAGUUGGACGGCACGCAAGAAUACUUCCAAACGGCAAUCUCGCAGUAAAUACGCGACAACCUUUCAAGAAAACAACUAAAGAUGGCGGUAUAUAUCCGUUUCCAUUUUUUAACAAAUACGGCGGUGGCGUGAUGAGCGAGUUGAACCCAGAAGGCCAGGUUGUGCGUCGAUUCGUUGAUCCUUUUGGCCAUCAUGAUCAAUAUCACUAUGGUGAUGGGAGGAUCCUUUACACAAGUCUUGAAGCAAUGUCUCCUGAGGAGUCUGCGAAAGUGGUUGGUGGUGUUCCUGGAUCUGAAGUCGACGGCAUCACGUACGCGGAUACGAUAAAUGAAGUGGACGCAGAUGGAAAGCUUGUGUGGCAAUGGAAAGUUUCCGAGCGUCUACCCCGGGAUGAAUAUCCUCUACAACCGCAUUAUACUCGGGAGCAUUAUCCACUCAUCAAUGCCGUGUAUCCUAUGCGUGAUGGCAAACACAUUUUGGCAUCGAUGAGAUCAGUCUCGGCUGUGAUAAUCAUUGAGCGAUCAAGUGGAAACAUUGUUUGGAAACUCGGCUCUGAUGUUCUGGCCCAGCAGCACAACGCCACUGAGUUAGAAAACGGAAAUAUCUUGAUUUUCGAUAAUGGGAGCUUUCGCAACGGUGUGUCGAUGUCAUUCACACGUGCGGUGGAGGUGGAAGUGGCAACCAAGAGGAUUGUUUGGGAAUAUCGUGAUCGUUCUCAGAUGGACGCCUUUUACACCGCAUACAUGGGUUCAGCACAGAGACUUCCGAAUGGGAACACUGUUCUUUGUGAAAGCGCAUACGGGCGCAUCUUCGAAGUGACGGCGGACGGGUACAUCUGCUGGGAGUAUCUCAACCCACAUUUCUCAAAAUAUAUCGACAGCGAAACGGCUAAACUUUGGCCAUCGGAGUCUAAUGCUUUGUUUCGUGCUUAUCGCUAUUCGCUUGAAGAGAUUCCAUGGUUGAAACAAAGAUUGGAGAGUUCGGAAACGGAAAAAGGCGUGCUCGUGGAAGAUGCGCGAAGCAAGAAAACCGGUCGCUGGUGGACAGCUUGUCGCCUGCAGUGA